AUGAAAACAGAAAGCCUUCGACAUACGAAGCAGCAUGGAUCAUGGCCAAAAAUGAACGUGAGAAGAUGGUUGAAUUUAAAGAAAGGAACAGAUGAUUUUCAUUCUGUAAAUGUUGCACCAGAUAGGAGCGAGAGAAGGAAGAGUUGUUCCGAUGAUGGUCGAUACGCCGUCGUACCAGAGGAGUUAUCAGAGGUAUGGUUGACAAACGAGGAAUCGAAACCAGAGAAAUCGGAUCUCAGUAUGUUUGUUGGGACAUGGAACGUAGGAGGAAAUUGCCCACAUAAAGGUUUGGAUGUGAGGGAUUGGCUUACAACUUCAUCCCCUGCGGAUAUUUAUGUUAUUGGGUUUCAAGAGAUCGUACCCCUAAACGCAGGAAACGUACUGGGCACCGAGAACAAAAGCCCAGCUGCCAGGUGGCUAUCACUCAUUCACGAAGCCUUGAAUACUACCCCUGGACUUCCGCAUAAUUACAGUCCUACCACCGCCGUUGACUCAACUCUCAAGUCCAGACCUAGCUUCUCUGAUCUUCUGUCUCUUGAAGAUGAACAAGAAUUCCAACACUUGUUCAACACAAAUUCAUCAACCGGAAUUGAUGAUUCCAACUCCAAAUGGAAUCCAGGAUUCUGUUUGGUUGCAAGUAAGCAAAUGGUCGGGAUCUUUCUUUGUGUAUUUAUCCGCAAAGAUUUGAGUCAUCACGUUACCAAUUUGAAGAUAUCUUGUGUUGGAAGAGGCAUUAUGGGGUAUCUAGGAAACAAGGGAUCUAUUUCUGUUAGUAUGACAUUACAUCGUACCACAUUUUGCUUCGUUUGUACUCAUUUGGCAUCUGGAGAAAAAGAAGGUGAUGAAUUCAAAAGAAAUUCAGACGUGAUGGAGAUCUUAAAAAAGACAAGAUUUUCUCGUUCAUUUAGAACACUUGGAAGACCAAUUCCUCCUGAUAAUAUUUUGGGUCACGAAAAGAUAAUAUGGCUUGGGGAUUUAAAUUAUCGUUUGUCAUCGACCUCCGAUGACAUUCAUGAAUUACUACAAAGAAAUGAUUGGCAAGCGCUUCUAGAAAAAGAUCAGUUGGGAUUAGAGCAAAAGGCUGGACGUAUUUUUGAGGGAUGGAAAGAGGGGAAGAUAUAUUUUGCUCCCACGUAUAAAUACAUUACAAACUCUGAUCGUUACGUGGCCCAAACUCCUACUACUAAAGAAAAAAGACGUACACCUGCAUGGUGUGAUCGUAUUUUAUGGAAGGGAGAAGGACUAAAACAGAAGUCAUAUGUUAGGGGAGAAUCCAAAUUCUCAGAUCAUCGACCAGUUUAUUCUGUAUUCUCAGUACAAGUGAAUCUACCAAAUAAAUCGAUCGACUGUAUGGAUUCAGACACUUUAAAAUCUUCAGUAUUACCAGUUUGUGUAAAGAAAGUUCAAGCUGAAGAUCAUGAGUGGUUGGUAAACAAGACAAAGAGUUGCAUAGAGACCAUCCCUAGGUUUCCAAAUAGCUAACAUCGAUCGACAAAUUUAAACAACAAAUGGAUGUAUAUGAUAAUGAUAUGACAUGUGGAUAAGAUCUAUCGCACCUUGUUUUAGGCUUUCCCUUUUUCUCUAAAAAAGUUUGGGACAUUGGAGCAAUGAGUUGUGAUGGCAUGCAUUAACUAUGGAUAAAAAGAUGAGAGUGGAAGCAUGGGCAAUACACAUGAGAAUUGACGCAACUCUUUGGAAGGAUUCCGAAUGAUCUUUUGCUAUUAUUAUUAUUAUAUUACAUUUCGGGUUGUAUAAAUUAAAUUUAGUGAUUUUGUGAAAAGAAGCUUUUUUUUAUAUAGGAAGGAAAAAAACAGUCGGGAGAGG